CUCAGCCUGGCGUCCCAGUAGGCCUUACUUGGGUCUCCCACCGUCCAUGUGGCGCCAUGGCGGUGCAGACGGACCCACUCACGGCGUCGCUGCAAGAGGAGAAGCUCUUGGAGAAGUUGGCGCAACAUGCGGAGGUGCGACAGCACAUGGCGGAUCAAGGCUUCCUCAAGGAGCUGGAACGCCUCCAACAGUUGGCCUGUUCCGAGGAACCAGGCGUGGGACAAAAAGUGGCCCUCGCGGCCCAGAAGGACCCCCGCAUCAUGCAGGCACUGAUGGCCUUGCAGGGCCAUGGCCUUGUCGUGGACGAGUCGGACCUCAAGAAGGCCGAGCGUGUGGGCGAUAUGCCGCGGAGGGAGCCGGUGCAGUUGGAGCAGUUGCUCCUGGUGAAGGAUUUGCAGGAUCCAGAGGAAGCACGACUCAAGGGCAAUGAGCACUUCAAGGCGGGGCGGGUGUCCGAAGCUUUGGCGCACUACGAGAAGGGCCUGGAGCUCUUCCAAGGAAAGGCUGAAGUGCCAGCGGCGGCCGUGGCGACGCUGCUCAGCAACGCGGCCCUCUGCUACUUGAAACUUCAAUGGCCCGAGCGGGCCAAGAAGAAGGCGACCACGGCCAUUGUGGCCAUCAAGCAAGCAGGGACUGGCGACUUUGACCAGUCCAAGCUCUACUACAGGAGAGCUUUGGCCUGCGUGCCUUGGCUUGGCAUGGCGGUGGACGACAUGCUUUGCGCUUUUCAGCAUGCCAAAGGCACUGCUGCAGGUGCUGCAGCGGCCUUGAGCUUGGCUGAACAACACCGGCUGAAGGGAGAGGUGGAACGGCUGAAGAAGUUGAAAUCCUCCGCCGAGGCCGACAUGGUGAAAAAGCAGCAGGAGAAGGAGAACGAAAAGACUGCGGAGGUGCAGCGCUUGCAGGGUACGAAGCUGAAGAAGGAAGGCCAGCAGGGCCAGCACUACAGCGAGUACCUGGCUGAGCAGGAUUUCUCUCAUUGGGCGCUUCAGCGCGUGAAAGAGGGGGUGCUUGGAGUCACACACACCGCUCAGAACGGAGCAACGAUUGAGAUCGCGUCGGCCAGAUGCGCCACCGGCUUUCCGCGCAGACCAACCUCUCGCAUUCUCGGUUUUAAGGUCGAGCUCCAGGAGCAUUCCAAGGUCUCCGCCUCCAUCACCAACAAAAAGGGUCAGCGUGCCUUGUACUACGACAUGGACCUCCAUUGUGCUUGGCUGGGCAAAUCUGCUGGGAAUGAGAUGAAAGGCCUGAUCAGAGUCUACAACAUCGCCCACGACACCAAGUUCGAACUGGGCGGCGACGAGAACACCUCCUACAUGUACCAGCUGGGCUGGGAUCAACGCGUGUCGGGCUCCUGGGCUGAGGCGCUGAAAACGGAGGCUGCGGAGCUCUUUGAUCUCGUUGCUCUCAAGGUGGACCGUGUCAUCAAGGAGUUGCGCGCGAAGUGAGCGAAAAAAGGCGCCCUAAAGGGGAGCCACGCAGCAUCGGGUGGAUUUGCUUCCAUGAAACCAGACCUGACCUGGUG